GAUCCCCCUCCCGGCGGCCCUUCUUCCCCCGGGUCCGGCCAAGGAGUGGCUGGACCAGCGCCGCGCCACCAUCCGCCCCUGGGCCAACUUCGUGGACCAGCGCCGCUUCGGGAAGCCGCGCAACUUUGGGGAGCUCUGCAAGCGCCUGGUCCGCAACGUGGAGUACUUCCAGAGCAACUACGUCUUCGUCUUCCUCGGCCUCAUCCUCUACUGCCUGUGGGAUGGACCUCGGGAAGCCCAUUAUUCCUCUCGUUCCUUUGAGGCAACUGGCAGAGACUUGUCUGGCGUCCUGGGGUGGCUCCAUCCGGGCCAUCCAGGCCUGCCUCUGUGCCCUGGGCAUGCCACUCGUGUCCCCUCCUCACCCGAUCCUUCCUUCUCCUUCUCUCUUCCAGGACGGGAGCUGAGCACGGCCCACCAGUAUGGCCUGGCCGGAGGGGUCUCCUUCCCCUUCUUCUGGCUGGCCGGAGCCGGGUCCGCUGUCUUCUGGGUCCUGGGUGCCACGCUGGUGGUCAUCGGUUCGCACGCGGCCUUCCACGAAUUGGAGUCUGGGGAGGCGGAGGAGCUGCAGAUGGAGCCCGUCUGAAUGGACGCCCCCCCCCCCCCAACUCGAGAUCGCCUUUUUGGACCCAUGCGCCUUCUUUCCUCCCAUUGAACCUGCUGCUGUUGCACUCAUGUUUUGCAUAUGCCGUGCCUCUUUCAGUUCCUGCGUGCCGUUCCUUCUCUUCUUGGAGCUCCUCAAGGGAGGGGUCUCACGCAAGGAGGGGGGCCCUCCAGAACCCCCCCCAUUCCUUUCCCUUUUAGCUCCUCCCAUUAUUAAAAGACCCACCUCUUUCCUUUCUAGCUCCUCCCAUCGCCAAGAGUCCUGCCCACUUUCCCAGCCCUUGCAUUUUAGCUCCUCCCACAAAUAGAUGCCCCACCCCUUUCCUUUGAGCU